CAACAGUGCAACACGCCUGCAUACACCGGCCGAUCUCUGUUCAGGCAUAGUCUUGAAUGCAUAAGUGAUUCCCCAAGCAGUUUCACCGUAAGGGUGAUUGAAGCCAGCUCCCACAGUUUUUCUACGCUUUGUUUGGCUUUUGGGACUUCGAAACAACUUCUCACGUCGCCACGAUGUCCGCGUUUCCUAUAAAACCCCUGGUCAGGCCUAGGGACGAUGGCUUACAGCUGAGCUACCAGCUUCCGCACCGCGUCUAUGCAGCUAAAAGCUACCCGAUUCUCACACCUAACGGCUCUUCAAUCAUCAUAUACGGCUAUGAAAAUGGGUUAAAAAUUGUUUGGAGAGGUGGAAAACCGUUCUCCCCGCUCGUGCAGUCACCAAAGAAGGACCAGAAACCGAAACAGAAAACCAACGGGGGCAACGAUGACGCUGUCAUGAUCAUCGACUCUGAUGAAGAGGACAAUCUUGAAUCGCCAGGAGAUGAGCAGCCUAUCUAUCAGUUCGAGACAGAGGAGCCAGAGGUCGAUCCUUCUCAUCCGUACGAGCAUAUUAUCCGGCAUAUCGAUGUUCCUUUAGGAAGCCUUGUUCUCGAUCUGGCAGUGCCUCGCAUUCUCCCUGAAAUGGCGCGUUCAUCCCUUGAUCCUUUCCCGCCAGUUUUGACCAAGAUGGUUGUUGUUUCUGCUGUAUGUGCGGAUUACUCGACCCGCGUGGUUGCUCUGCCUUUAGUUCCUCCCCAUCCCGCCCAAACAGAUCCUUCAACUUGGCAAAUCCAAACUCUCUCGAUUAGCGGAUUGAUGUCCCAUCAGGAGAUCCCGAGCGGGGUCUCCAUUACAUUCACCUGUCAAAAAAGCGAUAUUGUCGACGAAUCUUCAAGCACGGAAGAGUGGGAUCUUCUCGUGGCCACUCAUUCUGCCGAGGCCUCCGGCACGCUUCUUAUCUACCGGAUUCCAAUUGUGGAGAGUAGCGGCAAAGAAACUACAUACAUUCUGCCCGAAGAUGAUGUUGAGCCCUUCCAACGGUGUUAUUUGCCUGCUCCUGCAAAGAAGAUCUCGUUUAAUCCGUCAUCCUACCCAUCCCUGCGCCACUCCAGCUUGCUCGUGGCAUUCCAUAGUGGCUGCGUCAAGAUCUACUCGUGUUUCUCGGUACGACCGACCAGGAUCUCGCGGAGGGGUUCAAUCUCAAAGAGCAGUGUGGAAGCCACCGAGUUGCAAGGCAAAUGGCUUAUCAGCUUCUAUCCCGGGUUCCAGAAGUCUCCCAGUGGAACUAUGCGUCGGAAAACCAUUGUCGACGCUGAGUGGGUUCUUGGCGGACGCGCUGUGAUUGUUCUACUUGCCGAUGGUGAGUGGGGAGUUUGGGAUAUCGAAGGGGUUGGUCCAGGAAGUGUUAAGGGACCACUUGAGCGUCAAUCCAGCGUCGAAGGAGUGGCCGGUGGCUCGCUGACAGCUUACUCCGUCAGUGGUCGAAUCCUUAAUCCCUUCCCGGGAAGCAGGGCUUCGCUUGAAGGGACUACCGUUGAGCCGCGGCCUCAAUUCGCACCGAUGACACCAUCUACAAAACGAACCCGAGAGGAUACAUUUCUUAAAGGGUCACACGGAAGCUCUUCCAGUCCAUCAGCGUCUGGAGAGAUAUCCGUCUUUCAAACGAACUCGUCGCGGGAUCCGCUGCCUGACGAAUCUGUUUUGUUUCGACACGGGGACCAAGGUGCUGUCAUUCCAAGCCUACUGUCACUGUGGCGAAACGCAAUCAAGGCCACGGGCACGUUCGACGCAUCGAACCGCUGCCGGGUGUCGACAAUCCAGGACGUCUAUCUCUUCGGGGAGAAGUUCAAGGGCGUCGGCUACAUCCCUACCGCGUCUCGCCGUAACAAGGAGACCCAUCGUCGACCAUUUGAUGUUCUCGUCACUGCUGAGCGUCGGAUCAUUAUCCUUGCCCCGAAACUCUCAGAACCAGAAGCCGACCGUGCUCCCGCGCCGGCAAUGACCGAGGCCACCCCUAUGGAGACAGACCAGCUAAGACUACGAAGGGGCGAGCUCGAUGUGGACGGCAUGGACCGCUUACUGAGUGGCAUGGUCAACGCAGGUCGCCUGCAGAGUCCUGUGAAACGAGCGCAACCCUUCUCCUGACGGAAGAUCUGGUGGUAAAAAUCGCCUCAGAUAAGAACUUUUCAACCUCAAAUAAAAUAAGUAGAGAUACCCAUGCUUUUAUCCUUCCUACGUGCAAGUCUUUUCGGUUGUCAAGUGGAAGUUUACUAUAAGCGCAGGCCCAACUUCUUCAAAGCCAUUGGCAAUCCGCGACGCAAGGUGGAGCGCAAGGCGAGGUCCAUGCCUUGAAAUUCCCUCAUCCCCAUCCGGGGUUACUGGGAAUAAGCUCUGUAUCGGACGCGGGACAUCAAGAAUGCAAUUCCCCUGCCUAUUACUCGAAAAAAAGGUCCUCCUAUCUGUUUCUACACGAGACUUAAUUGUCUUCUGUCAGUCUCAGUGCCAUAUAUAUCCCAGUCGACGCUUGGGUCGUACUGCCUGUCCAGUUUCCUUGUACUGGCACUGAUUUGUCGGGUUUCAUCUAGCCUGGCGCAUUCCACAUCAGUGGCAGUGGCAGGGGAAAUGGACAAGCAGCCGAGUUGAAGCGGGAUAAUAUUGGAUUUGCAUCAGGGAAUGCAUGGCAGGGACAUUUGUAGUCUAUCCCGUAAAUGCAGAAGAAGCAUAAAACAAUCAAACUUUAAAUAUGAUGAUAAUAUG